AGCAUGACUAAAAAGCUGGUUCUGUUCCUUUUGUUCGUUGCCACGGCCAGUGCCCACAGGAAUCGCAAUCGUACGGCUCAUCAUGGUGGUCCCCAGGAUAUCAUCGUGAAUGGCUAUCCGGCCUACGAGGGCAAGGCACCGUAUGCAGUCGGUCUGCGACUGAGCAAUGGAGCCUUGGGCGGCGGAUCCGUAAUUGGAAACAACUGGGUCCUGACCGCUGCCCACUGCCUGACCACCGAUUCAGUGACCAUCCACUACGGAUCGAAUAGGGCCUGGAAUGGUCAGCUCCAGCAUACGGUGAACAAUGCCAACUUCUUCCGGCACCCCGGAUAUCCGAACAGCGCUGGUCACGACAUCGGACUCAUUCGCACUCCGUACGUGAGCUUCACCAACCUGAUCAACAAGGUUUCGCUGCCCAAGUUCAGCCAACAGAGUGAGCGUUUCGAGAACUGGUGGUGCGUGGCCUGCGGCUGGGGAGGAAUGGCCAAUGGUGGGUUGGCCAACUGGCUGCAGUGCAUGGACGUGCAGGUCAUUAGCAACGUAGAAUGUGCCAGGUCAUACGGAUCGGUGGCCAACACCGAUAUGUGCACCCGGGCCACCGACGGCAAAUCCGUGUGCGGUGGCGACUCCGGCGGAGCACUGGUCACACACGACAACCCCAUCCAAGUGGGCGUAAUCACCUUUGCAUCAGCCGGCUGCAAGUCCGGACCAUCGGGCUACACUCGUGUCUCCGAUCACUUGGACUGGAUCCGGGAGAAGUCCGGAAUCGCCUAUUACUAACAAGGGGAAUCGACCAUUGAUUGAAUUGCGUAACCAUUUAUGCAGAUAUUUUUGUUGCACUUCAAAUGUACAUAUGUAAAUAUAUA